ACGGACAAUCGCCACACGGUGGACCACGAAAGCACGAAAUUCGCGCGGGAUACGUCGCAACGCACGCUCUCUCGCCGUCGGUCGGAUACUCACGCGCAAGUGCGGCGUUGCCGGAUCGCAUUCUGGAGGCUACGCCGACAGGAAUCGUUUAUUCGAGUCUCGAGGUCGAGAGCGAAUUUGAGCGAAUUUGAGCGAAUUUGAGCGGGGAUCGAUAGUGUUUAUAUCGUGCACUUUUGACUGUUGGCGCGAAGGAGCUGCUCCACGGCGGCCUUGUGUUGGAAUCGCGCGCGCGGAUAGCGAGGCGGAAUUUGUUUUCGCCGCCGCGCUAUCUCUGUCUGGCACGUAGUAACCGUGCUUGCCCCCUCUCUCCCCUGUGUGUUGCCAAGCGCGGCUGCUGAUCGCCCGGUUCACCGUGCACGCUGGUGCACGCGUCGUCUUAUGAGCCACGCUCUCCUGGGAUCGAGUCAAGUAUCAUCGUCAUCAUCAUCGUCGUCGUCGUCGAGGUACGAUCACGCCGGAACCGAAGCGGUGCCCUGGUCAACGUUCAGCGGCGGCAGCGCGGCCAUUAUUCGAAAUUCGGUGGGUCGCGCCACGGAUCGCGGCGUUGCCAGCGUUCCCGUUCUCCGCGGUGCGUAGCCGCGAUUAUUUCAACAACGUUCCCCACGACGGCGGCGGCGAAGGCGGCGGAGGCGGCGGCGGGGACGCGGUUCCUGGAAGGAGUCAUCGUCAUCCCUGCGUCACGGCCAAUGCUAGAAGAAGCGCGAGUUCUUAUCUCGUAAGCGCGUGUCACAACUUCUCUGUCCUUUCCCGUCGCAGGCGGCACAGAGUGCAGAGGGUGGAAGAGAGUAAGAAGAGAGAAUAGAGACUUGGCAGGGUUAUAUCGUUCAUCUCCCGAAACCCAAUUUUUCACGCUCAAGACACUUUAGUGGUCCCCUCGUUUCGCGUUUCCGCGAGAGCGUAGUGGCGGCGAUAGAGCGCAACGAAAUAUGAGCGCACGAGUGCUGAACCCGGCGAUGAUGACGGAAAUAAGCAGGAACCUGAGCAGCGGAGGUGGCGGCAGUGGCGGACGAGCGGCGCCGAGCAGGGCCGCGCUCGCCCGCGUGCGACGCGAUCUCUUCGGCCCGGUGGACCACGCGGCGGCUCGGGCGCUCGCCGAGCGCGAAUUGCGGGCUCAAUCGCAGCUCGACGCCAAUCGAUGGGGAUUCAACUUCCAAGUGGGUGCACCUCUUCAAUCGAACUCGCGUUACGAGUGGGAACCGCUCACGGAGCACGACGUCGUGCCCGAGCCCUACGCCCUGCGCGGUAUGCCCUUCCUCAGGAAACACGCGCCUGGGACACCCCGCAAAUUGCGCUUUGACGACGCCUUAACCACCGCAUCGACCUCGGCAUCGUCGAUGACAACGACGGUAUCGACUGCUGCGGCGACGUCGUUGACAGCGAUCAUGACCACGGUGACGAGCGCGAGGAUAAUGGAGCAAAUGGAGACGGUCGUCACGCCGGCGCCGUCGGCCGAGAGGACACCGCCGCAGGAACCCCGAGUGCCUGAGAUCGGCGAGGCUACGACACCCAGUCAACUCCUCAAUCCGGAUUGCACCAAGAGGAAGAGGUGCGCGAUAGACCCGACCACUCCUGUACUACCUUCUGCCGCGAGGAAACAGUCCACUAUCACUGACUAUAUGAAGAGUCGUAAGCGCAGCCUGAACGGCACCACAAAGAGCAUGAUAGAGCCGCCGGAGAAGAUCGCUCGCAACGCGGGUCAGAUACGCAGCUAAAAAUCCUUCAGCUUUCUUAUUCGAAUGUCGCCUUUUUCCACCUCGUUUGUACGCAACGGGAAAACAGUACCGGAAGUGAGAAACUGCAUUACCGUGUGGAAUAACGGGGAAAGAAGAGGGUAGAGACUCUGACAGGAGGUGCGAGGUCCGCGUUGGCUGUGCCAUUCAUAUAGUUUUAUCCGCCAUGAGCGCAGGCGAAAUGAAUGAAUAAAAAAAAAAUAAGAAAAAAUAAGAA